GUCACCGAAAACAAGAAUGGUUUUGGCAAAUUCGUUGCAACAACAGCAGCUCUCCUCUCCAGCCUAGCUCGACCAACUCUCUGACUGCUUGCUCGCUCGAAUCGACAAACUGUUGGUUCCGUAGAUCGUUGUCCAGAGAAACAAGAGAGAGAGAGAGAGAGAGAGAGAGAUGGCGUCUGGGUGGGGAAUCACCGGAAACAAAGGCCGUUGCUACGAUUUUUGGGUGGAUUUCAGCGAAUGCAUGUCUCGUUGCCGCGAGCCAAAGGACUGUUCUCUCCUCCGCGAAGACUACCUCGAGUGCCUCCACCACUCCAAAGAGUUCCUACGAAGAAACCGUAUUUACAAGGAGGAGCAGCGGAAACUGAGAGCAGCUGCAAGGAAGACCAACGAGGGUGGUGAUGUCGAUAAUCAUGCAUAGCAGUCGAUAUUUUAUGUUUUGAACCCAAAAUAAUAAUGCCGUGCGAUAUUGUAUUUUUUUUCCCUCUCGAGCGAGAUUCUAACUUCAUUUUGUGGUUCUGUUCUGUUUUUGCUGGAAUUGGUGUAGGCCUCUCUGGUCUAUGCAAUUAAAACAAGAUCAAUUUCUCUUUUCUUGCAAUAGCUGCAGCCUGCAUGGUGAAAAGUAACCUGCUUCUUGAAAUCCUUUCUGAACUAGUGGUUUUUGAUUCACUCUAAAACUGAUAAACCAAAUUGUCUUUAUAAUGGGGUUAUAAAUAAAUUAUCUAUUAGACUAUGUUUUCUCUCCUGGAUUAGUCGAUUUGGUAAUGUUAUCCUAGUAUUUAGGGGUCAACCGGGUUUGUUUUAAUUAUUGAAGUACGUGCUUGUAUUUGGCAAUUUGCCUAAUAUAUUGGAGUAAGUUUUUCAUUUUC